AGGUGCCCUCUAAGUCCUUCCUUUCGUCCAUGUUGUGAAUCUGUGGCAGCCAUGAGUACGCUACGCCUACAGAAGCGUCUGGCCGCUGCCGUCUUAAAAUGCGGCAAAAACAAAGUAUGGUUAGAUCCUAAUGAAUCUAAUGAAAUAGCAAAUGCCAACUCACGACAAAACGUGCGCAAACUCAUCAAGGAUGGUCUCAUCAUCCGUAAGCCAGUUGCUGUGCACUCCCGCGCACGUGUGCGCAAGAACACCAUUGCUCGCAGGAAGGGUCGUCACACCGGCACAGGAAAGAGGAAGGGUACGGCUAACGCACGUAUGCCUGUCAAGGUGCUGUGGAUGCGCCGUAUGCGCGUGUUGAGGAGGUUGCUGAAGAGAUAUAGAGAUGCCAAGAAGAUCGACAAGCACUUGUAAGUGAAAUUGUUACUG